AUGAGUUUGCUAAAAUCAGCAAAGAUAAGCUAGAGAAUGCAAAGUAGUAAGAAAGUAGAGGUUGCAAUAUUAAUACUUAAAAAUAUUGUUCUUAAUACUAAGGCAAAUGUAAUGGUUAGCUUGGAAAAAUUAUGCAUCAGAGCAAGAUCAACAGCAAAGAAAAACUAUAAGUUUAAAGAUUUAACCACUUUUGUACUUGCUGUAAUCAUCUAUAAGAAAGAAAGUCAGAAAUAAAGUUCCAACAGAGCAAAUUAAGAAAGAAUGGAGUUAAGAAUGUAGUAGCGAUUGAUUUGUCUCUAAAUCUAAAACAAACAGAGGAGAAGAGAACUUAAAAAGUCCAAAGGUCGAGAGACCCUGGAGAAAAAGAGGAGAUUGUAAAACAAGAGAUUCCAAUAUAUGGUACAGAAAAACUUUGGAGAAAUUACAUCGAGACUGAAACAGAAAUGCAGGAAUUAAAUGGAAAUAAAUGAAUGGGGAAGAUGCUAACUCUAGGGUAUUUUGCAAGGAUUUAUUCAUGCAGGAGACAAUUUAGCUGAGCAUUACUUGAAGCAAGCUUAAAGCAUGUCUCCAGUACUUACAGUACUUUCGGAAAUAAGAGUUCAGGCUCAAAUUUCUAAGGGCUUCUUUUUAGGUAAGGUUAAUAUUAUACAAAAAUCACAAAAUAAAUCACAUGAGAAUUUUAGCCAUGUGUUAAUGGCAGAAUAACUAGCUAAUGUUAUCACACUAAUGUUUAAAUCUGGAUUUAAUUUUGAAAUAUAAAAGGAAAUACUUAUGUAUUUGCAUUAAUUAACACAAUAUCAAUGA